AUGCUUCGCCCCAUUGCUCCUCUUCCUCGACGACCAUCUCCAGUCGCAUCUUCCAGCAAUGAAUUUCCAAAGUCGAAGGCGAAGGCGAAGACAAAUUCAAUUUUGGCCUAUUUCAGCAAGGAAACACCAGCGGAGAAGGAAGUGCGUCUCGAACGCGAGCAUCGUGAAUAUGCGGAGAAGUCGGAACGAAGGAAAUGGGAGAUACAGAGUCAAGAGCGGGUUCUGCUUGAGGAAAAGCGGGCAAAGAACGCAGCAUACAUGAAGGCUUAUCGUGCUAAGCUUCGAGAUGAGCGAAUUGCGAGAGGCGAUAUACCAAAACGAGGACGGAAACGGAAAGCGGCUGAGGCCGAACUUCUCGACAACGACCUUAAUGGCCCCAACAAACGACUACCCGAGUUCUCCCGCCCAUUCCGCCAGUUCGCUGAAGAAGCGCGGGAGGGCAAUAAGCCGUCGGGACGCAAGCGCUUGACCAAGAACAUACCCACCGAUGCUGUGCGAAUCCGCUGGCAGAACCCGCUCAUCUGGCAGCAAUUCCUGCUGGCGGUAGAUAGGGUGCGGUGGCCGUGGCGACCUUGCGACAUCAUUCGAGAAGCACGCAAGGUUAACGAGCCUCUCUUUGGUCGACUUCGGGAACAGGUGGUUGGGCGAUGGAUUGACCGCAAGCAAACGACGCAGAAGGGUGGUAUCGUAUGGACGGAAGCCGUCAGUAAGGCAUUGGCUCUGCAGAGUCGCAGUGCCAAUUCUACCAGCCGUGUCGGUAUCCUGACACCAUUCCCUGAAACACGCCCCCACCGCGACGUGGUUGACGAGGCUAUCCACCAGCUUGCCUCCGACUGCUCUCCAGCCAAGGUCAGGCUUGACACGACGAUUGGUAACCUGCGGAAUCGGUCAGUCCAGUGGGUGCUACAGGCAUUGAAAGAGAUAUCUCAGCCAGACCUCGUUAAGAAAGCAUUCGAAAUGUGUGAAGUCGGCGAUUUUAACUGCUCGCAAGAGAGCCUGACAUCACCCUCUACCCUCGCCAAGCUUCGACGUCUCUCAAAAGAGCAUCCCAGCCUUCACGCAGAGCUCACACGUGCGACUGAGAACGACACUCCAGAAAUCAUUGCACCAACAUCUACUGGGGUUGACGAGGAGAUAUAUUCACGGGAAACGGUCUACGACGACAGCGACACCCCAAUAGAGGUCGCGUUUACCAUUGUACAGGGCAAGACAUCUUCCACGACGUUUGUAGUGGGCGACGAUGGUGGAAUCCAGCGGGAUGACGAUGCAGAGACAUUGGAGUUGGACGUAGAUGACCUGGUAGCCGAGGAGCCACAGGAGCUGGGUCGUGGGAGACGUCGUAAGACUACAAAUAAGCUGUACUCUGCGCGCUUGUGGGAGGAAGGUGAAAUCUAG